GAACCAGUGAAAGCAUCAGUCAGGUAGUAAAGGGGCAGAUCCGUGGACCAGAUACGAGCAACUGUGGGGCUGCUUAGCUCACACCCCUCGGGUUUUUUUUCUCAACGGACUCUCGCUGCCUGAACCUCGGCUCUUCCCUGGGAAAUCAUGGUGGCUAAAAACAGAAAACAGACCGGGAAGAGUCCAACGACCCAGACUGACCGCGACAGGAGCCCGCUUGUUUCGCCCCCUGCCAAAAGUAACGUUAGGCGAGCAGGCAGGGAGGGCAAAGCUUUCAACGGCUCUCAUCCAAACGGGCUCGCGGGCAUCAGACACAAGCUCGGGCUAACUCCUUCUGCAGUCGCGAAGCUGGGAAUCACUCUUCUCCUCGCUGCUCUGACUGGGUAUCUCCACUGGCAUCAUCUCUCACAGCUGUUUGAGAAUGACAGGCACUUUUCACACUUGUCAAACCUGGAGAAGGAAAUGGCUUUCCGGACAGAAAUGGGUCUGUAUUAUUCCUACUACAAGACCAUUAUUGAAGCUCCCUCUUUCCUGGAGGGCCUCCACAUGGUCAUGAACGAUCGUCUGACAGAGUACCCCCUGGUUAUUAACACACUGCAGAGAUUCAAUCUGUAUCCAGAGGUGGUCCUGGCCAGCUGGUACCGGAUGUACACGGGUGUAAUGGGAUACUUUGGGACUCCCACUAAGAUGUGCUGGUCCAUCAACAGAGGAGAGGGACUCACUCCUGUGGACAGCUGUGAAGGGAUGGGAGACCCGGCGUAUUUCUACGUGACCUUCGUGUUCCUGCUGAACGGCGCGAUGAUGAGCCUGUUCUUCAUCUACGGAGCGUACCUCAGUGGCAGUCGACUGGGCGGCGUUGUUACCACCGUGUGCUUUUUCUUCAAUCACGGCGAGAGCACUCGUGUGAUGUGGACUCCGCCCCUGAGGGAGAGCUUUGCCUACCCCUUCUUAGUCCUGCAGAUGCUCCUUCUCACCUACAUCCUGCGGACACGGAGCCCGAGCAGGACGGCCAUGGUCGCUCUGGGCAUCUCCAAUUUGUGCUUUAUGCUGCCUUGGCAGUUCGCCCAGUUUGUGCUGCUCACUCAGGUGGCUUCUCUGUUUGCUUCGUACAUCCUGGGUUACCUCGGUGCCGCCAAGAUGCAAUCCAUCCUGGUCACUCAUAUGAUCACUCUCGCCGUCUGCUUUGUCCUGAUGUUUGGUAACUCCAUGCUGCUCACAUCCUUCUACGCCUCCUCGCUCAUCUCCAUCUGGGCAAUCAUUGCAUUGAGGGAUCGAUUUGCUCAAGUCUUCAAACCUGGCAUCGUCCUCUGGGUCAUGCAGGGUUUGGCGUGGGUUGGCUCCACAGUUCUGCUCAAAUUCCUGCUGUCCACAGUCCUCUGUGCCUCAGAUGAUGCUCACAUCAGUGGACUGAUCAAGUCAAAGUUCACGAGCUACCAAGACUUCCACACUCUGAUGUACACGUGUGCUGCAGAAUUUGACUUCCUAGAGUUGGAGACCCCUUUACGUUACCUCAGAACGUUGCUGCUGCCCAUCAACAUGCUGGUGGUUGCUCUCAUCGCUGGGAAGACUCUCCAGGAUAUAGUCCGGUUCCUGAGGGACGGAGGGAAAGCGUCGGUCAAGCCUGACGAUGUCGAUGAAGCUGCAGGGUCUGAAAUAGCCGCAAGAGGAGAGCUGGUGUACCACAGCCUGCAACUGGUGGCGUUUGCUGUCCUCGCCGUCCUCAUCAUGCGUCUGAAGCUCUUCCUCACGCCCCACAUGUGCAUCAUGGCCUCGCUCAUCUGCUCCAAACAGCUGUUUGGCUGGAUCGGGGAGCGGUUUAAACACCAGGUUGCGGUGUUUGCAGUCAUGGCCAUCAUGGCCGUGCAGGGAGUGGCCAACAUGCAGGCCCAGUGGGGGAUCAUAGGGGAGUUUAGCAACAUGCCGCAGGAGGAGCUGCUCGACUGGAUCCAGGAAAACACCCUUCCUGAUUCUGUGUUUGCUGGGGCCAUGCCCACCAUGGCCAGCGUGAAGCUUUCUACAGGUCGGCCCAUCGUCAACCACCCGCACUACGAAGACGCUGGUCUGAGGGAGAGAACCAAGCUUGUCUACUCCAUGUACAGCCGCAUGUCUGGAGAAACAGUGAAGGGGAACCUGAUGAAGCUGGGAGUGGACUUCUUCGUCCUGGAGGAUUCCUGGUGCACCAGGCGAACCAGGCCCGGGUGCAGCAUGCCAGAGAUCUGGGACGUUGAGGAUUCCCAGAAUGUUGGUAAAACUCCCCUCUGCACCCACAUGUCCCGGAGCUCACGACCCCACUUCACCACAGUCUUUUCCAACGACAUUUACAAAGUUCUCAAAGUCCCCAAAGAACUCAGAUAACACAUUGGGACGGACUAGUUCAGCACUUGUUCUUUCCACCACUUCUUUCUUUUACAGGUUUUGAUCAGUCACUGCCAUUGCUGCUUUUUACUCAAAGCCCCACAGUUCCCCUCGUCAGCUGUGCUCUGAUUCACCAAGCGGUUGGACGCGCCAAAACACUUCGCCAUGAGUCUCUCCGCUCUUGGUGCGCUCACAGUACUCAGUAUUUUUGACUUAAAGGAACUCCUUGUUCCCCACAUUUUGCCAAUCAUCCUUAUUGUUGCAUCGUUGUCGUCCAGCAACGUUCCCAUUACGCCCAUUGGUACCCAAGUGAAAGCCAAAAGGUGUCGUAGCUUUUAAUUGGUUUGCAUUGGUUCUGUUUUAUAGAAUCUUUAGUUUAAAACACAUUGUCUUCAAAGCGAUGCUGUUCAUACGACAGUAAUGUUUCUUACUAUAAGGAAUACUUUUACUUUGAUUUGCUUAAGAAGUACAUUUUGUCUGGCAGGACCCAUGAUGUCCACAUACUGUGAAGUAAUACCCUUUGCAACAAAAUGUGACUUCUUCUCUUGUUCUGCACAGUGUUGAUCUCUGAAAAGAGUUUUCACUUGUACUGCUAUGUUUAUAAUUUAUUUGUGUGCAAACUUCAAGUUGUUAAGAUGUUUUCUUCAGAAGCCAACAGUGUUUUACGAGUCUUUGGAAUCACAGGGGGAACAUCUGUUCUUGUAUUGGGAAGCUUUUAAAAAUAUUCUUCCUACAUAUCACUCCGCUUUAGUGUCCGGAUGGAAGGUUUUUAACUAAAGUUCACAUCUGAGACGAGCUUUCAUUCUUAAUUCAGUUCUAAACUGGCAUAAAGACAUUUUUAUCGCAAAACAAGUAUACUUCCCCGAACUGUUCCCUGUAACAACCUUUCUGUAAAUACCCAACACAACGUACGGCCUUUAAAAGGUUCUUUUUGUUUCUUUCUGUAUUUUCUGCCAAAGGAAGUCUUGUUAUUAAAGCUGCGUGUUCGGGGUUCUGUAACGCAUAAAAGACGUGUUUUUUUAUCGGUUUGUGAGUUCUGUAACAGCCAAUCACAACUCUGUGUAGCAGUGGGUUCUAUGUAAAUGGUAGCAGUCGUCGGUUCCUUCUUCAGGGUGCAUUAAUGACCGUUUAGGAUUUCAGGAAACAGCUGAAGUGCUUUCUUGCCCAGAGUUAGAUGAGAAGAGUGAUAUCACUCAGAGAUAUGAGGGGUAUCGAUCUUCUCAUCCAACUCUGGGCAAGAAAGCAAAUACAUUUAUCCGCCAAAAUGUUCUAUAUUCCUCUAAGAGUAAUCAUGUUGUAGGAGUGGCAACAUUAACGCUUCCUGAUCCCUCUUCCUCCUGCAAGAGCGUGAAUUUAACACGGAUAUUUGGUAGUUUCAUGUUUCCUCCUCCAAGAUGAUGCCACGUCCUUCACAAUUAUCAGUGACUACUUAUAAAAUACUCCGUGAUGGGUUUUUCUUUUCUAAAAGUUUCUCUCAGCUUUAAUGUAUUUUUUGUGUAUGAACUUGCAACGCAUUGAAAUCAUUUGGGCUUUACACAUCCUGGUGCCGGAGAUUUCACUGACUGGGCUUCAGGAUGAGAUGAAAGAAUGAGUGAACAAUUUUAAACGAAACAAAAGAAAGUGGGAUUAAAUGUGCCGGAGCGAGCGGUUGAACAAAUCAUACAGUGCACAUUUAAUCUGUGACAUUUUGUCCAUCUGAUUUCAGAAGUGAUCUUGUAGGUCAAGUGCCCGUUUUUAAGUCGUCACACUUCCCGAAAUACUUUGACAUAAAAAGUUUGUUCCUGUCGCAGGCGUGUUUCAGAUGUCUUUUAUAAUAUUUGUCUAUUUUGUCUGUAUUUUCAAAAAUAAAGUAUUUGCCAUCAGCA